CACGAGAUGCGGAGUGCAGGUACAGGACGCUUCCUUCUUGGGCAAUUUCUUCUGUUGCGUUUGUGACAUUGAUCGACAGUCGCACACAAACCUCAUCAUCAACCGCCAUCAUGACGAGCUACAUCCCCUCCCUCACGCUUCCCAGCUUUGCUUUCGAGAACCCUGCAGUGGCUAUCCUGCUACCUGUUCUGUGCGGAACGGCCACAGGAUUUGCCAUCAGUCCAAGUGUGUCUCAAACAGCAUACCGAACGCUGAAGCAACCUCCACUACAUCCUCCCGGUUAUGUAUUCGGACCAGUCUGGACAGCCCUCUAUGCCACCAUGGGCUACACGGCCUAUCGCGCCUACACCAUUGGAGCAACAUCUGCUAACCCCAAUACUGUUGCCCUGGCGAAGCACGGAGCUACUCUUUAUACUAUCCAGUUGGCCCUGAACCUGAUGUGGACUCCUCUUUACUUUGGUCUCGGUCGUCCCAUUCCCGCUUCGGUUGACAUUCUCGCUCUUGGUGGAACUCUUGCCUACCUUAUCAACAUCUGGGGACAAGUGGAUCCAGUUUGCGGAUGGCUGCUCGCACCGUACCUAGGUUGGGUCAGCUUCGCAACAUACCUCUGCAUCGGUUCAGGCUACCUGAACAACUGGGACUUCAGGGCCAUCUCGAAGAAAGAUUAGGAAAUUCGUCCGUAUCGACUAAAGGUCAAGAGAACGUCACAUCUCGACAUGACUUGACAGUGUACUAUUAGUGUCUCUUACUAGAGGUAGGUAUACACAUAUGCUACCAUGUUGUCAAAUAAAUGUAAAUUACAGUUCCUGGAGAUACUGUUGCUCCACCGUGACGCUCACGUAACAAACCAUUGUCAUCAUAUUCGGUACAGA